AUGCCUUCACGCAAGCCCAGCAAGUAUGGCAAUAAUACCAAGUUCCGCUCGAGCACGGCAUCCUUCAACCCGAAACGCGCCAAAACAGUAGAAUUCAAUGCCCUCCGCUCCACCGAAGCCACUUCUCAAGAUGAGAAAUUUGAGGCUAUCCGGCUGGCUAACACCAUCGACGAGACGAUGGGAUUUCCGCGAUUCGAGGCUGGUGAGAAGCGAGCCGGAUGGCUUGUAAAUAUGCACAGCACUACGGUCGAAGAUCCGAAUAUCCCUGGUGGUCGAGCCGGUGUGGACUUUUAUUUCCUGGAUGACGAUGGCAACAAUUUCAAGGCUACGGUGGAAUACGACCCAUACUUUCUCAUCGCUGUUAAGGGAGGCCGAGAACAGGAGGUAGAGGAAUGGUGUCGAAGAAUACUGGAAGGUGUUGUCAAAGACGUCCGCAGAGUUGUGAGGGAAGACUUGCAGAUGCCCAACCAUUUAAUGGGCAACCGAAGGACGUUCUUGCGCCUCAGUUUUGCAAACGUGGGCAAUUUGCUGGAAGCCCGAAAGCUGCUUAUGCCGAUUGCAGAGAAGAAUAAAAAGAAUGUGACGGCUAUGGAUACAUAUGCUGAGAUGGCCAGGACUUCCGCUGGCUUCGAUCUCUUUGAUGACGAACUUGACGAAUCACGACCUAAUGCUGCCUUGAAUGCAAGCGAUUUCAUAAUUGAUAUUAGAGAAUAUGAUGUGCCAUAUCAUGUCAGAGUUUCGAUUGAUAAAGAUAUUCGAAUCGGAAAAUGGUAUAAUGUGGAAGCAAAGCACGGAGUCACCAAGUUGACUUGCAUCGAAGAGCGACUUCAGAGAGCGGAUCCUGUAGUCCUCGCAUUCGAUAUUGAGACGACUAAACUUCCUCUGAAAUUUCCUGAUGCAGUAAUUGAUCAGAUUAUGAUGAUCUCAUACAUGAUCGACGGCAAUGGUUUUCUCAUUACCAAUCGUGAAAUUGUCUCUGAGGAUAUUAAUGACUUUGAAUACACGCCCAAGCCAGAAUAUAGCGGGCCAUUCGUGAUCUUUAACGAGCCUGAUGAACGCCAUCUUUUGGAACGCUUUUUCAGUCAUAUCAAAGAGGCAAAGCCGACAGUUAUCGCAACUUAUAACGGUGACUUUUUCGAUUGGCCCUUUGUCGAAGCGCGUGCAAGUGUCCUGGGUAUUGAUAUGUAUGCUGAAAUCGGCUUCAAAAAGAACAGCGAGGACAUCUACCAAAGCGACUAUUCAGCCCACAUGGAUUGCUUUGCAUGGGUCAACCGAGACAGUUAUCUUCCCCAAGGUAGUAGGGGUCUCAAAGCCGUCACCGUUGCGAAGCUAGGAUAUGAUCCAGACGAGCUGGAUCCCGAACUCAUGACUCGAUACGCCAGUGAACGACCGCAGACACUGGCUGAAUAUUCAGUAUCUGACGCUGUUGCGACCUACUACCUCUAUAUGAAAUAUAUUCACCCUUUCAUCUUUUCUCUCUGCACCAUCAUUCCUUUGAAUCCGGACGAUGUCCUUCGAAAAGGGACAGGUACGCUAUGUGAGAUGCUUCUCAUGGUUCAAGCGUACAAGGGCGAGAUUAUUCUUCCCAACAAGCAUAAAGACCCGCCUGAAUCUUUCUACGAAGGCCACCUUCUUGACUCUGAGACGUAUGUCGGUGGACACGUCGAGAGUAUUGAGGCAGGUGUCUUCCGUAGCGAUAUACCGGUUAACUUUGCUGUAGACCCAAAGGCUAUUGACGAGCUGCUACAUGAUCUCGAUGCAGCCUUGAAAUUCAGCAUCGUGGUGGAAGAGAAAAAGUCACUGGAAGAUGUCACGAAUUAUGAAGAAGUGAAAGCUCAGAUUGCCGAGCGACUGGAGAAUCUCAAGGCAACGCCAAACCGCAGCGAACGACCUCUGAUCUACCAUCUAGACGUUGCUUCCAUGUAUCCUAACAUUAUGACGACGAAUCGUCUGCAACCUGACUCUAUGAAACAGGAAUCUGACUGUGCAGCAUGUGACUUUAACCGGCCGGGCAAAACUUGUGACCGUCGACUUCCUUGGGCAUGGCGUGGUGAAUUUCUGCCCGCUAAGCGAGAUGAAUACAACAUGAUUCGGCGAGCUGUUGAGAACGAAAAAUUCCCCGGCAAACACAAAAAUGCGCCAAUGCGCCACUUUAGAGACAUGCAAACCGAAGAGCAAGCUGCCAUUAUCAAGAAGCGAUUGCAAGAAUAUAGCAAAAAGAUCUAUCACAAGAUCCACGAUAGCAAAACGAUAGAAAAGGAGGCAAUCAUAUGUCAACGAGAAAAUCCCUUCUACGUCGAUACAGUCCGCGACUUCCGUGAUCGAAGAUACGACUUCAAAGGAAAACAAAAGGUGUGGAAGGGCAAAACGGAAGCUUUGAAAGUUGCUGGUGCGUCGAAUGCUGAAAUCGAUGAAGCGAAGAAGAUGAUUGUCCUCUUUGAUUCUCUUCAGCUCGCACACAAGGUCAUCUUGAACAGUUUCUAUGGUUACGUCAUGCGAAAAGGUUCUCGGUGGUACUCUAUGGAAAUGGCUGGCGUGACUUGUCUUACGGGCGCUCGGAUUAUCCAAAUGGCGAGGGAAUUGGUUGAACGUAUUGGUCGACCACUAGAACUUGAUACAGACGGUAUCUGGUGCAUGCUUCCAGCUACAUUCCCGGAAAACUUUGCGUUCACUUUGAAGAAUGGAAAGAAAAUGGCCCUUUCGUAUCCCUGUGUGAUGCUAAAUCAUCUCGUUCAUGGACGUUUCACGAAUCACCAAUAUCAGACUCUUGUCGAUCCCAAGUCUUUCAAAUAUGAAACGACAAGCGACAAUUCGAUUUUCUUUGAGGUUGACGGACCUUACAAAGCUAUGAUCCUUCCUGCAUCCAAAGAAGAAGACAAGAACUUGAAAAAACGUUAUGCAGUUUUCAACGACGAUGGAUCUCUUGCAGAACUGAAGGGUUUCGAGGUCAAACGUCGAGGUGAACUCAAACUUAUCAAGAUUUUCCAGACGCAAAUCUUCAAGUUCUUCCUGGACGGUAAAGACCUUGGAGAAACCUACCAGUCGGUUGCUCGUGUCGCGAACAGAUGGCUUGAUGUGCUUUAUGAGCAUGGCGCUACCCUAGCAGACGAAGAGCUUAUUGAUUUGAUUUGCGAGAAUAGAAGCAUGUCCAAAACUGUUGAGGAGUACGGAGCACAAAAGUCAACCUCAAUUACAACAGCUAAACGAUUAGCUGAGUUCCUUGGGGAGCAAAUGAUCAAAGACAGAGGUCUGAAUUGUCGCUAUAUUAUCUCAUCUAAACCAAAAAAUGCUCCAGUCACGGAACGAGCUAUCCCUGUUACCAUCUUCUCUGCAGAAGAAAAUGUCAAAAGAUUCUUUUUGCGCAAGUGGCUUAAAGACGAUCCUAAUGAUAUGGAUCCACGAUCUAUCAUCGAUUGGGAUUACUAUCUUGAGCGAUUGGGCUCGGUUAUUCAGAAACUGAUCACUAUUCCAGCAGCACUUCAGAAGCUGGGCAAUCCUGUUCCUAGAGUUCAACAUCCUGACUGGCUUCAGCGUCGAAUCAACACGAGAGAUGACAAGUUCAAGCAGAAAAAGAUGACUGAUAUGUUCGCAAAAAACCCUCUUGCUGAAAAGUCUGCCAAUAUAGUGGACCACCGUGUACCUCAUAAUGCCGACAUUGAAGAUAUGGCAGCCCAGAAUAUGGACAAGAAGCUUUCUCCUUCAGGCAAGAUGGUACAAAAGCGAAAGCUGCCAGAGGGACCUACUACAACAUCACUUGAUCCGUAUGCCAGUUUGCCAGCUGUCAUGCCGUCAAUCACCGAGGAUUACGAAGGCUUCAUCAAAUAUCAGAAGCAAAAGUGGAAGAUUCAAAAGCAAGCUCGAAUCCGCCGGCGACAGCUCUUUGGAGAGAAAUCCAAGGCAUCAGACUCACUCAGUCACUACUUCCGAAACCAGGCGCAAAUGCUGUUUAUCAAUACAUGGACAUUGCUGCAGCUCAGAGAGACCGAUGUACCUGGCGAAGUGCGAGCAUUCGUGCUAAUUGAUCGGAAAGUGCACGCUCUUACCGUGAAGGUGCCACGGCAACUUUUCAUCAACUUUAAGGAUGAUUCACUUCCAGAAGUUGAGCUACCCAGUUGUGAGGUAGAUAAAGUCAACAACACCCUUCCCAACGGUCACCCAUCAGUCCACCUAUUUAAGCUUACGCUGCCAGAAGAAGUCUAUUUGGGAGAGUCAGAAAAGAUGGCCGUCUUGCUGAAUCAUCCUAGCGUUGAGGGUGUCUAUGAACGCCAUGUUCCUCUCACUCUUCGCGCUGUUAUGAAGCUUGGUAGUACCUGCACUUUUGACGAGAGCCAACGAGGCGUGCUUGGUGAUGGUCUAGAUCGUGGGUUUGAGCUUUCAUCUCUAUUGCACACCACCUCUGAAACUCCAUACUUGGAGGGUAUAUCUCUGACGUACUACUACCUAUAUCACGUCACUUCUGGUGAUCGACAAGUUUUCGCUUUAUUCUCGACUGCGAAGAGCGAAGCUAACAUAAUUCUCUUGAAUCGCAACCGCGACAUGUCAAGUCUACCUAAUAUUGACAAGAUGUACAUGGAGCUUCUCGGCCGCAAAAUCGCUGCUGAUUCCGAUGCUUCUACAGGCGCAUUCGAUUAUCAGGAAAAGAUACAUUUCAAGACCACCCAAGUGACCACUCAUCGCAAGGCUAUUUUGGAAGUAGGAGACUUGAUCAAGCAAUUACGCAACGAAGAGAGUCACCCUGUGGUGUUUGUUGUACAGUCGCAGCAAAAGGGGAAAUUGUGCCAUGACAUUCCAAUACUGAAGGAAUAUCCCAUGCUAUCUGUCAAGCCGGAAGUUUCGGACACUGAUAUGCCACCUCUCGGAUGGCAAUCGUUCAUUGCAAAGCGGUUGUUAACUCAUUAUCUCUACUUGGGCUCGUGGAUUCAGCAUCUCAAAAUGCUUGCGCGUUACGGAGACGUCCCUGUUUGCAACCUGGAAAGUGAUGAUCCUCGAUACCUGAUAGACGUCUCGUAUGCGAGACGACUAGAAAAGAGUAACGUGGUGCUGUGGUGGUCUGCAGGACCCCGACCCGAUCAUGCUGGGUAUGAGAAAGACGACAUUUUGGGAUCUCUUGACACGGUAGAGAUGCCUUCCAUCAAUGUACCGGGUACUUAUACCACAGUUUCGAUUGAACUCGAAGUACGGAAUCUGGCGAUCAACACAAUUCUCACGUCGUCAAUUAUCAAUGAUUUAGAAGGCAGUGAUACACUUCUCGCCUCCACUAAAGAGUCUGCCGAUGGUGUUCUCUAUUCAGAGAAGGCAUUUGCAUCAGCAGGUGUCUUUGUACUGCGGGAAAUGGUCAAACAGUGGUGGUCAGAAGCUUGUACGGGUAACACUAUGGCCGAUAUCAUGGUUCAACAUUUGGUGCGCUGGGUGGAAAGUCCAAGCUCAUGCCUGUAUGAUCGUUCUUUGCACUAUUAUGUCCGAAUGAUGUCUCGAAAGUCAUUCCAACAGUUGAUGGGAGACUUCCGCCGUGUUGGCUCAAAUGUAAUUUUUGCUAGCCCAACACGGUUGCUGCUGCAAACGACAAAACAAGAAGUCGGAACCGCUUAUGCUUACAGUCAAUACAUUCUCAAGUCUAUCAGAGCCAACCCGGUUUUUCACUUUAUCGACUUGGAACUCAAGGAGUAUUGGGACUUCCUAGUGUGGUAUGAUGAAUUCAACUACGGAGGCAAGGGCUGCCAGGAGGUUGUCGAAGCAGAAUCUCAACAGCUAGACACCGUUAUGCAUUGGCAGAUGAAUCGAUUUUUGCCAAGUCCCAUGCAGCAGGUCUUCACCGAUUGGGUUGUUGAAUACAUUGACUUGAUGCAUGGCCUCAAACGAGGCGAGGAGGGGGAUGAGGAUAGCUCGACACCGCGCCUCACCCAAAUACCUAUAAAGUCUUUGACUGAAAUAACAGACGACGAAGUGACUAACUUUCUCUCCGACAAGUUUUCCAAGCCCCUCAAGAAACAGAUUAUCGGCCUGAUUCGUCAACAACGAGACGAGCUUCUCCAUCCUGAGCUUGCAUCAGACUACAAUUUCCCGGUACUGCCAGGGGCAUUAGUUGACCCCAACACGGAAAAUCGCAAUGCUGUGCUAGAAUUAGUGAAGGCGUUGAUGCAAGUCCUCAGCUUAUCGAAGAUCACGACGUUGGAAACGCGUAUUCUUCGUCGCGAACUCCUGGCAUUAUUUGAGGUCCGUGAGUUUAGCAAAGAAGGCCGCUUUGAGAAUCCGAGCGCCAGUCUGAAGUUGCCGGAGCUGACAUGCAGUGCUUGCUGUUUGAUCCGUGACUUGGAUCUGUGUCGAGAUGAGGACAUUCUACCUGAUCAAGACACGGACGGCAAAAAGACAGCUCCCAAAGCCUGGCGCUGCCCAUUCUGUCAAACAGAGUAUGACCGCCUAGCCCAAGAGGAGCGACUCGUCGGAGAAGUACAUGGCAUGAUAGUCUCCUGGCAGGCACAGGAUCUCAAAUGCUCCAAGUGCAACAGUCUCAAGGUCAGCGCUUUUAUGGAACAUUGCUCCUGCAGUGGCAAGUGGACGACAACCUUGGACCGAACCGCAAUUCAGAAAAAGAUACGUGUCAUGCUUAGCGUUGCCAGAUAUCAUGACCUGAAGCUUCUUGAGGGGGUCUCGGAGGAGGUUCGAAAUGAGAUUGCGGUGCUCAAACGAGUCUCAAUGGGUCACCAGAACAUAUUGACUCUCGUCGACUAUUUUGAGACCAUGAACAACCUGUACCUCGUCGUCGAACUCGCUCUCGGCGGCGAACUUUUCGACCGCAUUUGUCGCAAAGGAAGCUACUACGAAGCCGAUGCCGCCGACCUCGUCCGCGCCAUAUUGUCCGCCGUCGCAUACCUCCACGACCACGGCAUUGUGCAUCGAGACCUCAAGCCUGAAAAUCUAUUGUUUCGCACACCAGAGGAUAAUGCAGAUCUUCUUAUUGCUGAUUUCGGUCUUUCGAGGAUUAUGGACGAGGAACAGUUUCAUGUUUUGACAACCACGUGCGGGACGCCGGGAUAUAUGGCGCCGGAGAUUUUCAAGAAAACUGGGCAUGGGAAGCCUGUAGAUAUCUGGGCCAUCGGAGUCAUCACUUAUUUCUUGCUGUGUGGCUACACGCCCUUUGACCGCGAUUCCAACCUCGAGGAGAUGCAGGCCAUCCUCGUAGCGGACUACUCCUUUACACCCCUCGAGCACUGGCGCAGCAUCUCCCAAAGCGCGCGAGACUUCAUCAAUCGCUGCCUAACCAUCGACCCCAAGGCACGAAUCACCGCGCACGAAGCCCUACAGCAUCCAUGGAUAAGCAACGAUCUACCAUCGAAGAAACAGGGAGAAGAUCUAUUGCCUACUGUGAAGAAGAACUUUAAUGCGCGACGGACGCUGCACAAGGCAAUAGAUACCGUGCGCGCAAUUAAUAAGUUGCGUGAAGGCGGUGGGUUGAUGAUGGAUGGUGCGGCGAGUAUUGAGCCGCGACCGGAACGGGUGGUGGGUAAUGAUGUCCAUGAGGAGGAGAGAUAUGCGCCGCACAAUGAUGAUAUGAUGAAGGUUGACAGUCGGGGUAAUGCUCGCGGUCAGACGGAAGAGCAGAUUCGUGAGCAGGAACGGAAAGUGAAGGAGGUCGUGACUGGGCUGUGGGCGAAGGCGGCUGGGAACCGGCAGUGA